CACUCAUAACACAGGGAAAGUGGUCAAGAUGUCUGGAAAUCUAGAUGUCCUUCAAAUGAAGGAGGAGGAUGUGCUGAAGUUCCUGGCUGCAGGAACCCAUCUGGGAGGAACCAACAUGGACUUCCAAAUGGAGCACUACAUCUACAAGAGGAAGAGUGAUGGUGAGUGGUUGGCAGUCCUGAACACCCAAACACUCUGGAACAAAACUACUUGUGGUAUAUGCCAGUGGUCAACCCACCCUGGUUGUGGAGGGAUACUGUCUAUUCAGGCUGCUGUUCUGGCACAAGCAUGCCUGAUUCAGCUAUUAAAAGUCUUGAUGAAUAGUUUAAAUGGAUUUCUGCUUCAAUGCUGGGCUGGAACAAAUGGUUCUGUCCCUUUCAGCUCACAGAACUAGAGUGGUGAUCACUGAUUCUUUCCCUCACUAGAUGGAGCACAUUUGGGCAGGGUAAACUGGGCACAGAUCUGGGUGUACUGACUGCCCCCUGUCCUCAGGUGUGUACAUUAUCAACCUGAGGAAGACCUGGGAGAAACUACUGCUGGCAGCCCGUGCCAUUGUUGCCAUUGAGAACCCAGCUGACGUCUGUGUCAUCUCCUCCAGGAACACUGGACAGGUACAGCUCCAACUGGCAGCGUAGUGGACACGGUGAAUAAUUAAUCUAACCUAAUACUUGCCAUGUGUGUUUACCCAUCAAUUUGACAUCUGUUUCUGUAUAGAUAUGGCUGCAUGCAUGCACACAAUUAAAGCCUGGCACUGAUGCUGGUGUGCAGGUGUUGGAAGUUUGCUAGAGAGAUUGGGAUGGCUUUUCGUUAAAAUCAGUAGGGCUACCGCCCAAUGACUGGAGUUUGAUAGUGACCUGAGCCACACAUUCUGCAUGCUGUCUAGUGCCACUUGCCUUUAGAUUCCAAGGGCAGUGAUGGGUGUUACACAUGCUGUCGGCAUCUUGGUCUCCAAUAACCUUUCAUAUACAUUUUGUAGAGAGCUGUGCUGAAGUUUGCCUCAGCCACUGGCGCCACCACCUUCCACGGUCGUUUCACCCCCGGAACCUUCACCAAUCAGAUCCAGGCUGCCUUCAGGGAGCCCCGCCUCCUAAUCGUGACAGACCCCCGUGCCGACCAUCAGCCCCUGACUGAAGCAUCUUAUGUCAACAUCCCCACCAUCGCCCUGUGCAACACUGACUCCCCACUCAGAUAUGUCGACAUCGCCAUCCCCUGCAACAACAAGGUUAGACUCUUACACCUAACACCUACGUGAGUUUCUUGGUUGGUGUUUGUUUUGCACACCGUUAGAGCCCGGCGCAGUCCUGUCAGUGCGGUGCUGGGUGUAGGAUGUGUGCUACAUAAAACGCAGGGCCUUUUUUUCUCCCCUUACUCCAUCCGUGGGUAAGAGGGAGGGGGAAUUAGGUAUAGGCCUUGCUACAUAUUUCUGUAAAGGACUGGUGUUCAUGUCUCAUUGGUGUAGUUGUUCAUGGUCUGAUCUGUGCUCCAGGGUCACCACUCUGUGGGUCUGAUGUGGUGGAUGCUGUCCAGGGAGGUGCUGAGGAUGAGGGGCACCAUCUCCAGGGAGCACCCCUGGGAGGUCAUGCCUGAUCUCUACUUCUACAGGGACCCAGAGGAGGUAAGAAGCAGGCCUUUUAGACACAUACUUAAACCAAUAUACUCCAAAUUUACUGGUAGGGCAAGCUUGCCUUAUUUCUCAACAGUAAUGGAUCUUGUAUGUUCUGUUUGCCUUGUUAGCCUGACACUCAUUGUUUUCCCUGGUAGAUUGAGAAGGAGGAACAGGCUGCAGCUGAGAAGGCUGUUGGAAAGGAGGAGUUCCAGGGAGAGUGGACCGCUCCAGCAGCUGAGUUCACCCAGCCUGAGGUGGCUGACUGGUCUGAGGGAGUGGCUGUGCCCUCUGUCCCCAUCCAGCAGUUCUCUGCAGGUAAGGAAAGUGAAGAUAUGGUUUCUGGUUCCACUAUUUAUAAUUUAUUUUACCUUUUAUUUAACUAGGCAAGUCAGUUAAGAACAAAUUCUUAUUUACAAUGAUGGCCUACACCACUAUGCUGAGACUUGGUUUUAGGUUCUUGACUGAUGCACUUGGCAGCAUUUUCAAAAUAUAAUUUUGUGUUGGAUUUCAGGACCUAGCAGAUGUUUGUCUGAAAGUUCUCAUGUUUUGGUGUAAUCCUAAUUUACUUUUAGCUGCUGCGUCUGCCAAGCCAUCUGCUGCAGCCGUUGAGGGGUUAACUGGUGAGUGACGUGAGCUUAACAUCAGCUUCUCUGUAAUUGAUGUGACAUAAUUGUCAUCAGUUGGGUUGAUUGUUUAAUCUACUCAAAUAUACCGAAAUGAGUGAUUGUUGGUCAUGUAUUUGCACCUCUAACGUUUUCUCUCUUGCAGAGGACUGGAGUGCCCAGCCAGCCACUGAGGAUUGGUCAGCUGCCCCCACUGCCCAGGCCUCUGAAUGGGGUGGGGAGACUGCUGCUUGGUCCUAAGCAAUGGUGGCCUAAUGUUUGGCAGUACAAUAAAUUGCUUUUUUGUUGUUGUACAAACUGACCCCUGACUGAAUUUAUGAACACAAGUAUAGGCAAGUGACCUUAACGGCAAUACUACAUUAUAUAUAGUAUAUUAACACAACUGAUUGUUAUGCUUACAUUUCACAUUGAAAGAAUUCUUUAACAUUUAAUUAGACUGCCAUAUGUUGAACUCUCUUAUUGCUGUCAAAAGGGGAACGUCUCUAUAAUUGCACUGUUGUGUGAUUCUGCAACUUAGGGCACUUUGGCCCUGCAAGCUUUUUGAAAUUAAAACACAAUUUUACCAGUAUUAUUCUUUGAUUUGUCUAGAAAUAAUGGCUGAUUGUACUAUUCAGGAAUUAAAUGGCUGUGAUUGUACUAUUCAUUUAUAUAUUUGUAUUUUCUCAGACUGCCAUAGAUAAGUUAUUUCCAUUGUCAUUAAAGAUCCAUUUUAGUUAAAUUAAAUAUACAAUUUAUAACACAUUUGUACAU